AUGUGUAUUAUGAAGACUUACGAAACACGCGGCCGUGGCGUCGUCGACCCGCCACCACGACGAGGGAACUUUACCUCCCAUCCACCAGCUGGCGUUAUGCGUCUACCACGCGACUGGCAGCGAACAUCUGUCGAGAGCUUCAGCGAUAAUGGUCGCUACGUCGAGUACAGACGAUCCCGAUCUCGACCCCGUGCAAUUGAGUACAUCGAAGAGCCUCGUACGCGCGCGAGGAGCCGCGCGAGGAGUGUGUCCCGUCGACGCGUUAGCGAUGUUGAGAUUGUCAGGCCAGGAAGAACGAGCUAUGUUGAUCCACGUGGAAGUUACGUGGACGAGAGGGUUACGAGGCGAAGUGUCAGCCGUGUCAGGCAUUGA